GUGAACGAUUCAGCAUGUUGUUGACGAAAAAUUCUUUGCUAGUCGUCAGUUAUGCUUUAGACAUUCAAUCUGAACGGACCUAAAAGUGAUUUCUUUAGUUGAUAAACAAAAAGUCUGUUUAUUUAUGUUUCGCGUUUAAAGAGGAUAUUUUUGUUAAAGUUAAAAAUCAUGGAAAUUGUGAUGCAAAAUAUAAAUUUGUCAAUUAAUUUUAUUGAAAUUGAAGAUGAGGAAGUGCGAUUUGAUUGGCUGGAUGAGAAAUUUAAUGAACGGUUAAAGGAAUUAAUUAAUGAUUUUAAGAAAAGUCCUGACAGCGUUGAUAAAGUUUCGUUAUAUGAUGAAAUUAUUCAGAUGGUAAGAGGUCAAUUGAAAUCAAUGGAUACAGUCGGGCAAAUCCUUGAUAUUAUGAAAUUUAGUGUUAAGAUGCUACUCGUCGAAAACUCUGUAGGCGAUAUUGGAAUUAUUCUGCUCAAUGAAAUCUUUCAAUUGCUUCCAAAGAAUUGGGAAGAAGAUCCAGUGAAGGUUCACUUGAUAACGAAAACAGUUUAUGAAACUUUAAAUCAGGACUUCAACAAUACAUUUUUUAUACUGACAAAAAUCAUCAAUUUCAAUAGAUUAGGCUUUUAUAUAGCCUUAACAUUAUUCUGGUCACUCUAUUUACACUUCUUCAAGAAAGAUACUCAUCAUUACUACAAGAUGUAUGAUGUGAACAAAUUCUUCAAGCUACUUCAAUUACAUGAAAAGGAUGCAGACGACACAAAAAUGGAACUGGGCACAAUUUUUCAACUGCUGUUAUUGAUUUCCAUCUAUCAAAGUUACGUGCUUCGAAAUGAUGAUAAUCUAUCUGAUAAGCAUAACGUUUUUCAUGACGUCUUCAAAGUAUCACCGCAUGAUUUAGAGAAAUUAAAGACAUAUUUAUCAAAAAUGAAGACACUGAUUGAAAUUCGCUAUCCUGUUAACUCAAAUCAAAAUACUGACGUCUUAAUGUUGGUGGAAUUUCUAGAAUCAGAUUUAAUCAGGAACGCUAAUCAGGAUAGCAAUCAACAAUCGACGAUUGAAAGAAAAACAAUGGAAAAUUCUCACGAUGAUGAUGCUUUUGUUGUAGAUGACGAGAGUAGCGUGGGUGGAGACGAUGAAAUAUGUGAAAUACACGAUGAACAGAUUUAGAAAGCCCACGUUUACAACAUCCUUGACAAAAGGAUUACACAAAGUGAUAAAUCUCGAUAAAUCUUUUAUUUUAUUUUUUUUAUUUCGUUCCGUACUCAAAUAUUCUAUUGUUAGCCAUUUUUUUAUCAUUUUCCAUAAGGAGAGGCUUUAAGUGAUGAUGAUAAAGAUGAGCAUAAAAAAAGUGAAAUGAGAACUAUUAUGGAUAAUAAAAAAAGUAACAAAAGAGGAAAACCCCAAAGGUCAUGAUAUUUAGAUAGAUAGAUAGUUGAAAUACGUUAUCAAAUAAUGUAUAUUAUUAUAUACUUAUGCACACCUUAGCUCCCAUCUAUUUUUCAAGAGAGAUUAAUGUCAGUUUUCUUUAGGGGCUGAAGCUAUAUAUUUUUCAUUCUUGCUCAUUUCCUUGAAGCUAUUUUAUCAGAUAUUCUCAAGGUGUCGAGCUGUGCUAGUUUUUUUAAAUGCUCAACACGAUUGUCGGCACAAUAGCAUUGUGAGGUUUCCGAUCCGACCAUAACAGAUAUGAUAAAUUUUAUUAAGAAUUUCUAUCGAUUUUUAACAAAAACUCAUUAAAAGUUAUGAAUGAUAAAAAUAUUGCUCAUAAAAUAGACUAUGGAAAGACCAUUAAACUGCUGAAAUCCAAUUUGAAUAAUUUUCAUCAUAAAAAUUUGUUCCUAUUCGGAUGGUCAGUAAAGAGAGAAUUUUUAAGGCCAUUAAGUUCUAAAUAUAUAAAAGUAAGUGUAGAUUUAAGGAAAUUUAAAUAAAUGUUAUUGAAGUAUUU